CCCAUACCGCGUUGGUGUCCAGUCAGUUCGAAGACCCCCUAUCUGGGAAGGGGUUAAAGCACCUCGGUGGCCGGACACCGAAGCACCUUCUAUGGCCCUCCUCCUCAUCCUCCCGCUCGCUGCUAGCCUCGUCCCGCAGCCGAUGCGGCGCCGCGCGGUCCUGUCUGCGCCGCCGCUCGUGGCGGCUGGCCUCCUUUCCCCGCUGGCGUUCGGCUGCGGCUGCGGCUGUGGCGGGCUGAUCCAUCCGCCGAGCGCUCUGGCCAUCUCGGCGACGACGAUGACCGGCAAAACGCGCCCCGACCUCGGCGUCGUUCUCGUCGACCAGGUGUCACAGCAAGGCCAGACUCUCAGCGCUGACCUCGUCGUCGCCGGCGGGCUGAUCUGCUCGGUCGCAUUCGACAGCAAGUGGAAGCUUGCAGAGGGCGGCUAUUACGACGUGGAGGCGAACACCCGCGACGGGGAGGCCGCCUUUCUGCAGCGCGUGGCGCUGCCCAAGGGCUCGACGCUCGACUCGCUGCCCGCCAAGUGGUUCACCUCCGCCGUCCUUGGAGUGGACGGGCGGUACGGUGCGUAUGGGGCUCCUGUCGACGGCAAGGUGAUCGCCGACGCCACGUCGAGCGGCAAGCGGCUUGUCGACAUCUCCUUCACGUCGCUCUCUCCGGGCGGCGCCGAAUCUGCGCGCAAGGCGGUCGUUUCUGCGGUGCAACCCGCCGGCUCCACCGACGCGCUGCUGCUCGUCGCGGGCGCGUCCGCGGCGCGGUGGAAAAAGUCUGGCGCCGAGGCGGACGCGCGGGCCGCCGCGCAGUCCCUGCGCGUCGUCGGCACGCGCAAGACGGCGCUGGCGCCGGAGGCGCCCUCCGACUACCGCUUCGGCAAGACGACGGGGCCGAGCAGUAUGAAGUCGCGCAACGAUGGCCCCGACUACUCCAAGUACGCCGCUGACGACGCGGAUUGAGCCGGUCACGGACUGUUCGGGCGCCGCGGCGUCUCAGUGCGAACGCUUGUGUGCGAAACGUCUCUUUUUGUAUAGACGCGAUCAAUUACACACAUGCCCCCUUGGAACCUAAUGCACAUAUGACCAAGUGACGUCCAGGGACGCGACAGGCUCCGCACUUGUAUCAAGCUUGGACUGGAAUACUGAAUAAUGGAAGUGAGAGCGCUCACACAAGCGACCAGAGUGAUUCAGGCUGACGCGAGGUCUGGUUCGCUCGGCGGAGCUCAACCGCCCCACGGCGGGGCGGGCUGGGCGAGAUGGUGGUCUGCGCCUCAAGGUCGACCCCGCCAGGCGGAGAAGGUGGGAGCGACGGCGGGCCGAGCGCCGGGGGUGGUAUCGUGAUCUUCAGUGCGUCAACGGUCUUCUCCAGCGUGACGAUGACUGAGCUUUCCAUGCAAGGGCGUCCAGG